UGAUAAUCAAUUGAAGUAGGUCCCAGCAUUCCAUCAUGCCCUAAGAUUCAAAAUCGGACGGUCAAUGUAAAUCUCCAUAUUUAAUUAUUUUCAGCAUCGGCGCGGGGAGAGAUAAUAAAUAAAAAACAGGGAGAAAAGAAAGAAGAGUUCAGAAUUCACAAACAAAGGUUCAGAGAGAAGGGAAGAAACACAACAGAUUAGACUGGGGAGACACGGAGAAAGAGUAACAAGAGAAGGCCUCCUCAAAUUCUAUAAACAAAACAGAGAAAUUGAAGCAAUAAUUUAGGCAAAAGAAAAAGAAACUCAACUUUUUUUUUCUCUGGGAUGAUAAUAUUGCACUGACUUUUUUUGAGGAAAGAUUAUAGUGUAUUUGUUUAGAUCUUUGAUAAACAGCAAAAACCCAGACUUUAAUUUCAUCAUCUCUUUGAUUUCACAGCAGAAACCACCCAAAUUGGUUUUCUCUAAAAUAAUAAUUUUUAUUUCUUUUUCAUUCUUUUCAACAAAAUUUUCUUACUCAAAUUUGAUUUUUUUGGGUGAAAAAUUGAAACUUUUUAUUUGUUUUUUUUCUUUAUGGCAGAGAUGGAGAAAGAAGAGAGGAGUCAAAGAACAUGCAAAACAAUAGAGCCAGAGCUGUUUUUACAGUGGGGAAAUAGAAAGAGGCUAAGAUGUGUGAGAGUUAAAGACCCUCAAAAAAUCUCUCAUAAAUCCAAAGCUAUAAUUCGCAGGAGAAUCACUUCUCGUCUUUUAGAUAAAGAAUCCUCUCCUUUUUCUCAAUCCAAUACUCGUCUCACUAGGAAUUCUGAGGCAGCUAUACUCCGGUCAGGCACGGCAGAGCACCGGAAAGCCGUGUCACCAGAGAAGGAGGAUAGGUACUACACAACAAGGGGAUCAGCAGUGGGAUUGGUGGAUGAGAAUGGGAAGGUUGCACUGGAUAGCACUAAUGGAGAGGAUAACAAAGGGCUAGUGUGGCCAAAGCUGUAUAUCACUUUGUCAAGCAAAGAAAAAGAGGAAGAUUUUAUGGCAAUGAAAGGGUGCAAACCCCCUCAAAGGCCUAAAAAGAGAGCCAAGAUUAUCCAAAGGAGCUUACUUCUGGUGAGCCCUGGGGCAUGGUUGACUGAUAUGUGCCAGGAGAGGUAUGAAGUUAGGGAAAAGAAGAGUUCUAAGAAGAGACCAAGAGGAUUGAAGGCCAUGGGGAGUAUGGAAAGUGAUUCAGAUUGAGAGACAUGCCAUACAUCUAUGGCAGCAGCAGAGGCUUUUUUCUCAUCUGAAUUUUUGGGAAUAUUUUUGCUGUUAAUGUUAAUGGGGUUGUUGGAGUUUUCAGGGAGAGAAAAAAAUUGGGAAGUUAGAAGAGUCUCUGCUCUGCCGGGUUUGUUGUAUAGAUGUUGGAAAUU